UCGGGGUUUGCUGUUUCCACGUCAGCAGCGUUAUGGCCAGCAACAGCGCUGACGGGGUAGGGAGAGCGGAUGGGGGGCGGGACCCCUUCCGGGAGGACCUUAACCACCGGCGGGAUCACGUGGUGUGGACGUGGCGCGCAAUCGACGAGACUGCUAGCGAUGACGAUGAUGCUCCUGCAGUGGAGGAUGACGGGGUGGGGCGAGGGGGAGGGGUUGCGAUGGAUGGGGAGGCAGUGGAGGCGGUUCAUGGGGAGGCUGGCAGCGGGGUGGAUGAGGUGACAAAAGGGCUUGUGGCCGGUGGAGAGACUCCGGUCCGAAGACCUACAUUGUCACAGACUGGGGAGCAGGCUGCCCGCAGACGGGGGGCGGCUAGACAGGAGGGGAUCGAUGAUGCCUGCUGCGAGUUCUUCGUCGAGAACGCCAUCCCGUUCAAUGCCGCGAAAAGCAAGAGCUUCAAGAAGUUCCAGCUGGCGUGUUAUGAGCCGCAACCUGCGGCGAGCUGCCCUCUUGUGUCCACUGGGUACAACCCACUGCGAUGCAGGCUGCUUGAUCGGUUGUGCGGGAGGUUGGAGGCUGAGGAGAAGGCGGUUCGGGACGACUGGGAGGUGACAGGCUGCACGUUCAUAACCGAUGGCACCACAGACAUCUAUGGGCGAUCGUUUAUGAAUUACAUACUCGCUGGGCGGUCGAAACCCGUUUUCAUCAAAUGCGAGGAUGUGAGUGAGGGGGAGAAGGAUGCAGCUGCCGUCGUCGCUGGGUGGAAGAGGUUCUUCAGGGAGUGGGGAGUAGACAAGGUAACUGCGAUCUGCACAGACUCCUUCGCAGGAAACAAGAGUGCUGCCCGGAUGUUGAGGGAGGAUCCUGAAUUCGCGCAAAUCUACUGGAUCCCUUGCACGGCACACUGCAUGGACCUGCUCAUGCACGACAUCGGCAAGAAGGAGUGGGCGGCGACCAUCAUUGACAAGGCCAACAAGGUGGUCACCUUCUUCAGAGUGCACAGGUGGUCAGGAUCGCAGUUGCGGACGCAAUUGUUGCAGUGCCUGGACCUUGAGUGCACUUGCCUACUUCGAGAAGCUCAGACGAGGUUCGGGACAAACUACGUGAUGCUGCAGCGACUGCAGGUGGACAAGGAUGUCCACUGCUUGUCUCAGAUCUACGACCUAGCCCGCCAGUUGCCUGUCUUCGUCCGUUCGUCCCCCCUCGAUGACAAGGAGCGAGAUGAUAUCCUGGUGGACGUGAAGAAUAGGACAGAUAUGCUGCUCAGCCCAAUCCACGCCGUGGCCUGGUUGUUGGAUCCAGUCUUGAGGGACAUUGCUGUUUUCGGCAAUGUAGAGCUCAUGACGCAGUUUGAGGCUGUUGUGGAGUGGCUCAUCAGCAAGAGAGGGAGCAAGAAGUUUGACGACUGCUUGGACCAACUGUACGAGUUCCAGAUGGCGAGAGGAGUCUUCGCUACCACACGGGCGGUGCAGAGGGCGAAGAAGGACAAUGCGGUGCUGUGGUGGGAGGCGCACGGGGCUGGCCAUCCAGAGAUCAAGGCUCUGGCGGUGAAGGUGCUCUCCAUUUGGACGACAUCCUCUCCGGCUGAGAGGAAUUGGAGCACUUGGUCUCUUGUGCAGACGAAGUCCAGGAACAAGCUGCACCACCAGCGCACCAAGAAGUUGGUGUACUCGCACUGGAGCCUCAGGCUCAAGAGCAGAGGCGAUGACGGCCCAACGGUGGUGCAGCAACAUGAGGAGCAGCCUGUGGAGGAGGAGGAGGAGGACGGGGAGCAGCAACAUGAGGAGCAGGAGGCAGAGCAGCAACAUGAGGAGCAUCAAGAGAAGCAGCAGGAGGUAGGGCAGCAGGCAGAGGUCCACGAGGAGCAGCAAAUAAAGGUCCACGAGGAGCAGCAAAUAGAGGAGCAGCAGGUGGAGGACCAUGACGAGCAGCACGAGAUGCACCCGGUGGAGGAGUAUGACGACCAGCAGCAGGCUGACGUUCAGCAGUGGGAGGACGCCCUGGGCACGGGGAGCAGGAGGGCGAGGCAGACGGAGGAGGGAGGUGGGUCGAAGGAGGGAGGAGGGACCAAGGAGGGAGGAGGGUUGAAAGAGGCAAGAGAGACCAAGAAGGGAAAAACAAAAACGAAAUGCAAUCUGUUCGGAGAAGGGGCGAAGGAGGGAGGACGGGCGAAGGAGGGUGGAGGGACGUAGGAGAGGGGGGGAACCAACUGUUUCAUGCAAGCGGGGGACGGAGGAGGGAGGAGGGUUGGAGGAGGGAGGUGGGACGAAGGGGGGAAGAGGGACGUAGGAAGGAGGAGGGACGUAGAAGUGAGGAAGGACCGAAAAGGAAGGAGAGGCGAAGGAUGGAAAAACAAAGGAAAUGCAUAUCG